GGGAACUCUUCAUUAAAUAUUCGUCUUCAGUGUGUUUUGAUAAUCUGUUGGAUCUUUAGCUAUAUUUUCUAAAGUCAUGUGGGUUCUGUUCCUCGCUGUGUUUGGAGUGUUCUUGACACAGGCCUCAGCCUUAUCUGAUCCUCUUCCGUCAGCUUUAAUUGAGCCAUUCUCUACAUCAAUUCGAUGUCCUCCAAGCAAACAAUUCCACUGGACACGAUCAGACACCAGCGGUUUAGACAUUGUGUUCUACUACACUUGCGGUCAAGAUCAAGAAAUGUCCCAAACCUUGCAUUGCACUAAUGGCUAUAAGGCUCAAUACAGGAAAGACCUCAUCCCAGACGCCAUGAAAAAAGCCGCCAUCCCAAUGGCCAUGAAAAAAGGUUUCAUCACCGGACUAGACCAGGAACCUUCUUUUGGGCUUUUUGCUACGGGGCCCGAUUUUAACACUAAAAAUGGAGCCGUGGUGGUCUUCGCAUGCCUUAACCCAAACAAAUAAACCGUGCUGUCGUGCGAACAUCUACUGAGCAUGCUUGGCUAUGGUUAACAAUUCAAGUGAUCUAAAAGUCACAUGUUACAGUCUCCGACGUAGAAAUGUUCUCCAUUAUUUUCUUAGCAGAUAUUCUACAAAUAAGUAUAAAUAAACAUUCUUGUAUCAUCCUCGGAUCGAACUCAAGGCCCCGGUUGUAUAGGUGAGCAUGUUUACUGCUCGUGCUUUAUGAAUAAAAGGAAUGAAAUCAGGUGAAGA